GAUGACUACUCAUCCGCACAACACUCAGAACCCCACAAACACCAACAAUGGCGCCCGAGAAGAACAGCUCCGACCUCGUCCUCCUGGACUUCUGGGUCUCGCCCUUCGGGCAGCGCGUCCGCAUCGCGCUGGCCGAGAAGAGCCUCCCCUACGAGUACGUCGAAGAAGACCUCGCCGGCAAGAGCGACCGGCUCCUGCAGUCCAACCCAGUCCACAAGAAAACCCCGGUGCUCCUCCACGGCGGCAAGCCCGUGAACGAGUCCCUCAUCAUCGUGCAGUACCUCGAAGAGGCCUUCCCCGACACCCCUUCCCUCCUCCCCGCCGACCCCUACGCGCGCGCGCAGGCCCGCUUCUGGGCCGACUACGUCGACAAGAAGGUCUACGACUGCGGCGCCCGGCUCUGGAAGCUCAAGGGCGAGCCGCAGGCGCAGGCUAGGGCGGAGAUGCUGGAGAUCCUCAAGACCCUGGAGACGGAGCUCGGGGACAAGGAGUUCUUCGGCGGGGAGCAUGGGUUCGGGUUCGUCGACGCCGCCUUCGCGCCCUUCACGUCGUGGUUCCAGAGCUACGAGAAGCUCGGCGAGUUCAAGGUCGCUGAGGUUGCGCCCAAGAUUGCGGCGUGGGCGGACAGGGUCGGCAAGAGGGAGAGCGUGGCCAAGAGCCUCUACUCGCCGGACAAGGUCUACGACUUCAUCGGCGUCCUCAAGAAGAAGUACGGCAUCGAGUAGGUUCGGCAAUCUUCUGGUAGCGAGCGAUGGGCGGCUCAGUGCGUGCCAUACGUUUGCUGGAUUUGUUCGCGUAGUAUGCGGUUGUUACUUGUCCUUGUUUGAUCGCCAUGUGUGGGUGCGUGUUGUAUACGGGUGUGCGUCAAAGCGGGUUGAUUCCUUUGUGUGGAACAAAAUAAAAGCUGGUCGUCGUUUUAGGAUUUA